CGGAACCUAUAACUUGUAAAAACUUGAUAAAUGCUAUAAGCACCAAACAUUCAUGACAACAACCUUGAAUCGAAAAAGCGGCAACGAAAAAACGCGACUGCAAAAUGAAGAUCCUGGUGUUGAUGAUAGCUUUGAGCUGCUUGUUCUCUUUGGCCUUUCCGUCAAAAGACGUACUUGAACGAUCCAUGUGCAAGCGACUGAAAGAAAAAGGAAUGUGCAAGAGCCGUUUUACCUGCAUCAAAAACGAUCUAUGUGAAGUCACGUGCGGGUGUGACGACAUUCUUUCUCUGCGAUCGUGUAAAGUACUGAAAGGAAUAAAAGCAUGCUCCAAAAACUUGGCAGUUGGGUUCGAUUAUUGCAGGUGGACAUGUGGAUUUUGUUGUGAACGGCUGUGUGAGUGUCAAGUGGUAGACGGACUGUGUGAGUGUCACGUGGAAGACGGGCUGUAUGAGUAUCACGUGGUAGACGUGCUGUGUGAGUGUCACGUGGUAGACGGGCUGUGUGAGUGUCACGUGGUAGACGGACUGUGUGAAUGUCACGUGGAAGAAGGGUUGUGUGAGUGUCACGUGGUAGACGGGCUGUGUGAGUGUCACGUGGUAGACGGACUGUGUGUGUGUCACACGGUAGACGGGCUGUGUGAGUGUCACACGGUAGAUGGGCAGUGUUGGUGUCACUUGGUAGAUGGAUUGUGCGAGUGUCACGUGGUAGACGGGCUGUGUGAGUGUCACGUGGUAGACGGACUGUGUGAGUGUCACGUGGAAGAUGGACUGUGCGAGUGUCACGUGGUAGACGGGCUGUGUCGGUGUCACGUGGUAGACGGGCUAUGUGUGUAUAUAAAUACAUCAUUCAUAAUCAAAUUUAUCUGA